GGCGGCGCACUCCCAUCAUGGCGCCAAGGAGCCAGGCGAAGACUGCCAUGAGGAGCAUGGAGCAGGAGCUGCAGUGCCCGCUGUGUAAAGGGCUGGUGAAGCAACCCAUCCUCUUGCCCUGCCAGCAUAAUGUCUGCCUGCAGUGCGCCUCUCAGCUUCUUGUCCAAAACGGCUAUUCAGACCUUUCACCUGAACCCAACUCGCCUGCUUCCACUCCCAACACCCGCUCACCCCGACAAGCUCGGAGGCCCAUUCCCAAAUUGGAUCGCACUGACCGUGUUCUCCGAGCAGGAAGCGGGACAUAUCCUGGCCGCAGGCGAAAGGAACCCCCACCCCUGAUGGUUCUGUUUCCCUGCCCGCUGUGUCAGAAGGACGUGGAGCUGGGGGAGCGUGGACUGGCUGACUGCCUCCGAAACCUUGCUUUGGAGCGCAUUGUAGAGAGGUACAGGAAUGCAGUGAAUCUAGGGGGAAUAGCCAUCAUGUGCCAGUUCUGCAAGCCACCCCAGGCGCUGGAGUCCACCAAGGGCUGCGCAGACUGUAGGGCAAAUUUCUGCAACGAGUGCUUCAAGCUGUAUCACCCCUGGGGGACACCUCGUGCCCAGCAUGAGCGGGUCCCCCCCACACUUUCCUUCAGGCCCAAGAUGCUGACUUGUGCGGAGCAUGACCAGGAGCGCCUGCACUUUUACUGCAAGUCCUGCCAACAGCUUCUUUGCUCUCUUUGCAAGCUGCGGCGUGCUCAUGCUGGCCACAGGAUCACUGCUGUCAGCCAGAUUUACCAGAGUCUCAGGGACAAAAUCACAAAAGGACUGAACUACGUCCUGUCCAGCCAGGAAACAGUGCACACCCAGCUCAACCAGCUGAAGAAUGCAAUUGCACAGACAGAGCUGAACAGUGCGUCAGCGCUGGAGCACCUCACUCGGUGUAUGGAGGAGCUGGGGGUGGCGCUGGCAGAGAGGAAGACGGAGCUACAGCAAGUGGUGGACGGAAUGCGGCUGAAGCGAGGGCGGGCCCUGGCUGCUCAGCUGGCUGAGCGGUGGAGCCUUCUGGAACACGCCGGCCUGCUGGCCUUCUCCCAGGAGCUGCUGAAGGAGACCGACCCACCCUGCUUCCUACAGGCUGCCCUCCCCACCCACAGCAGGCUGCUGAAGGCCAUCGAAUCUCUGCAGGGCUUUUCCUUGUCUCCUGAUCCAUUCCUGCGACACUUCCAGUUAGAUGUAACCCGUGAGCUCAAGCUCCUCAGCGACAUGGAAUUCAUCGCAGCUCCGCUGGCCCCUGUGAUUGACACCCAGCGCACCCUGGCCUACGACCAGCUCUUCCUGUGCUGGCGCAUGCCCCAGAGCUCUGCCCCCGCUUCUCGCUACGCUGUGGAGUUUCAGAGGCGGGACGGUGGAAUCAGAGGUGCCAGCUGGCGGGGUCCCCAUGCCUGGCAGAGGCUGGAGGACGUGGACGGAACCAGCGUCGUCCUCAAUAUCCGGGAAGCGGGGUGUGUGUAUGCGCUGAGGGUGAGGGGCCGCAACAAGGCUGGAUUCGGGGAGUACAGCGAGGAGGUCUACCUGCACACCCCUCCGGCGCCUGUGCUGAGCUUCAGCCUAGAUGCCCGCUGGGCACUGCACUCCGACCGCUUGGUGUUCAGCAAGGAGCGGCGCUGUGUCCGCAGCGUCCCAGGCCUCUCCCUUCUGCAGGCUGCAGACCACACCCUCACUUCCUGUGCCCUGACCGCUGACCUGCUGGUGGGCAGUGUGGCCAUCACCCAGGGAAGACACUACUGGGCAUGUUCUGUUGAUCCUGGAUCAUACCUAGUGAAGGUAAGUGGAGCUCUGCUUUGGAAGGAGAACGGGAAGAAGGUACUUUCAUGGGCUAAACAGUAAGUUUGGAAGAUUUUUUUAAACAAUACCAGCUUCAUCGGUGUCAUAAUUUGAGUGAGAAAGUGGUCAGAGUGUUGGAGUGUUAGCUGAUCAUGUGAAAAUAGAACAUCUUCAGGAAGUACUUUUAUUCGCAUGAAAACACCAGUCAGCCAAAACACAAAAACCACCUGCCUAAUAUUGUGAAGGUCCCCCUCAUGCUGCCAAAAUGGCUCUGACCUGUCGAGGCAUGGACUCCACAAGACCUCUGAAGGUGUCCUGUGGUAUCUGGCACCAAGAUGUUAGCAGCAGAUCCUUUAAGUCCUGUAAGUGGUGAGGUUGGGCCUCCAUAGAUCGGACUUGUU